GUCACACUGCUGGUUACACAUAGUCCUAGCACGGAAUAGCGACUGGUCAUUCUGUCUUGCUCGUGGUUACGGUAACUCUCUACAAAAACUGCAUUUUUUAAAAAAAAUAGGUGGCUGCUUCUAUUUGCGCGAACGUGACAAAAAUAUUGGCCUCUUAAAAGAUCAUGUAAUUAAGGUAGGAAUUUUUUUUUUCUCUGUUAUUUAAUUUUCUUAACUAAGACAAUUUUUAACCGUUAAAAAAAGGUAUAACUUACGCUUGACUUUCACGCGAAAGGUAUACAACUGAACUUUGUAAAAUAGUUUUACUGAAACAAAUAACAACCUCGCAUGUUAUGUUGGUUACAAAAUUGUCGUAUGUCGGAAUAAUUCAUCAGGACAAAUUGGAUGUUCCCAAAUUUAUAUUAUCCUCUUUUCUAGUUAGAAAAGAGCAACAGAAGUUAAACGUGAAAAUUGGGGUUCUCCUAUAGUAUUUUUUCACUAUAUUGUCUUUGUGCUGCGGUUGGUCGCUUGAAUUUAGUCCUUCGAUGAAUUCGACAGAAAAAAACAUAUAUUUUACACGUUAGUAAAGGGAAUUUUUCUUGCAGCAUUUUGUUGUCUAGCUACCGGUGUUUAUUUUUCGUCGUGUUUUUAAAAAUGUGCAACCUAUUUUUAUGGUUAUAGCAUUCAAUUUCGCUUCCACCCGGAGGCCAUGAGAUACGUAUGUGGCGAGAAGAAUGAAAUGUAAUUUUCAAGCUGUUGCUGGGACACCAAGACGAGAAAACUUUCAAUUGUAUCUUACCGAAUGGUUAAAUUUAUACCCUUUUUUAUCUUCUUUCACACCAUCUAUGGUCGUGCUAUUGCUUAACCAGCCAAGCUACGUAAACGGUAGAAUAAAUGCGCACUAUAUUCAGCAGAAUAUUUCAUUCGUUCUACGCUCCUACAGUAUUUGAUUUAAUAACAAUAGUAUUACGAUUUAUUGCGUUUAUCGCUGAUAAUAUUUGAUAGUACGAGCGGCUCUCCAUAAUUUUACUCUCGCUGUUGUUUUAUUUUGUUUACCGUUUCAUAUCACAGCAAAUGAACCUUUGUUUUCCCCAUGGUCUUUUCUAUUUUAAUUAACGCCAGUUUAAACAAAAUUUGUAGGUUUGCAAACAAACUGGCACCAAACUGAGGUAAAUGUAUUAUUUUAAAAUUAACAGCUUGUUGCCUCGUCUUAAAUCAUAAAAAAUUAACACUGAAGCCACAUACAAAAUUUACGUGUGUAAACCUCGAGCGUGGAAUAUAAAAUGACGCGAAAGACGUUUGUCCGCCGGAGGCUAUUAUUGUCUAACAAGGGAUAUUAACUAAGCCUUGGAAAUAGUACGUAUUUUUCGCCAAUGAAGCUUAUUUGUUUUACGUACCAGUUUAAAACAUAAACAUAGACAAUAUCAAAGUUAAACCUUCGUUAGAAAAGAGGACACUGAAAAACUAUUAACACAUCAAAACUAUCACGAUAAAUUGCUUGUCUGGGAAAAAAUCUUAAGCUGUAUUUCAGGACGAAGGAAACAAAUUGAAAAAAAGAAAAAGAUUGAUUGAAAUUAAAGAGGGAAAGAAGCUGAAAAAGCUUUUCGUGCGUAACGAAAGCUUAAAAGGAAAAACGUCGGAUUUACGCGUGUACGGAAAAGAUUAAUUGGCUGUCAAUUAGAAGUAAAAUUAAAGUUUUGCUCAAUUUCAGGUGUUUGAGAAUGGUAAGAAACACUUUUGCGCGUUGAGGAAGACGAUUAAUUUAAAUACACACAACAAACUUGCACGUACUGGGGAAAGGUUUUUAUAAAAAAUAUGCUUUUGCGCGUAUAUUUAAAGGAUAUUUUGACAUUUAUUAGCAAACAAAGUUAAUCAUCUCUCGAAAAAAUUGUUAAUAAUCUCUCGAGAAAUUGGGACCAGUAGCAUGUAAUAAGAGAGAUAGCCUCCGAUACCCGAGCGAAACCACUAAAACCUAUUGAUAUCGCAGAAUGUAUUGCAGGCAAAUAAAUUUAUUUAGCUCAGGGCCUUCUUAAAAAUAAUGACCGAGCGCGAAGCGAGGGGUUGUUAUUUAUAAGAAGGCCGAGGAGAGAAGGCAUUCUCCGAAGUAAUACACUUUUCCAUUGCUUUCAACCAGCAGGUCAUUAUUGUGGCCACUGAAGUGGAACAGUAGGUUAUUAUUCGUAAAAAUGACCUCCUGUUCCACUUCUAAUCAGUGACCUACUCAUCCAUUUAUUGAUAAUAAUAAUAAUAACGUGUUCAAAACAAUGCAAAGGUGCAUAAAGAGACUAUAAAAACCUUAUGGUCCCUUGUGGUAGGUGAAUUUCAUUUUUUGAAGUCAAUGGAAAACCAACAUAUUUUAUCCUUUUACAGUUUCACAGAGGUUGACUUGUUGGGCCCUAAAGCUGACUAGUCUGCUGUAUUAGAAGGGACGUGCUCUAGAAUCAUGGGAAGUCUUCAGUCAAGAGUUUGUAUUCCUGGAGCAGCAUUGGUGGUACUAUUUUCUGUAACAGCCGUGUUGCUCAACGGUCUUCUCUUGAUUCUGCGGUGGAAAGAUCCAACGAAAUCUCUGCGAUCGACAGCAAUGCUGUACUUCGUUUUUUUGUCUGCGUUCCAUGUCCUGUAUGGCGCCUGCGCUGGAACAGCGGCUGCAGAGAGCUACAUAACAUGCGCACUGGGUGGAAGUGACUCACCCCACUUGGAAAGAAACUUUUCCAGAAUAUGUCUAACGUUUUUUAUUCGCGCAGAAAACUUUCUUAUCCUCGCUUUUGCUGUUGAACGCCUAGGAAGCAUUGCUUUUCCAGUUCUCAAUCGGCAAGAAAGUGAUAAAACCAAAAAUGCUUCGUUUUGCUUGGUGUGCAUCUCACUCUUCUCGUUGUCUUUUUCUGUCUUUGAUAUUUUUGAAGGAAAAUUCUGGGUACGCCGUUUGGACGUGCAUUUAAACAGUAUCAUUCCACUUAUAGUAAGUGUAGUUUUAACCUUAAUUCUGUGGAGAUCACUUCGAAAACUACGCCUGCCGUCAACAGACUUAGAAGACAACAAUGGCAUUUCCUCUGAGAGAACCGAAGAAAACGUAGCCUUAGCAAGAAGUCUAAAGGAACAAAUGCCUCUAGCUCGGGCAUUUAUUUUUAUAGCAUCGCUGUACUCCAUUUCUGUGAUUACCUACUUCGUUAUUUCAUUGAUUGAAGUGUAUUGUUCGGAGUGUUGGAGAAGGGAGUGGUUUUUUGCGGCACUGAGAUUUUCAAUCGCGAUGCACUUUAUGCAUUUAUCAGUCAGCCCACUGGUUUGUUUUGUUUUUCUACCGAACCUUCGAGCAAGAUUCAGAAUCAUGUUUUGCGGCAAACGAGGAGAAGAAAAGAUCGAAAUGGAAAAUCUCCAUCACAAUAACAAGAAGCUUGGAACUGUUCCUGUUAUAUACCUCUAACCCUCCAAGUUAUACGCAAUGCAAAUAUUCCAAAUCUUCAUUGCUGAUUUACCUGCGAGGAAAGUUGCUGUAAAGACCACGACUCUUUCUAUAUAGUUCUCGUAACUCUAGAUGACCUUUGUGUACGAGUUAUCAAACAGUCAUUUCAAUCAGAAUUCGGUUAUUUCUAGGAUUUUAUGGGUGAAAGAUUAAUUUGAAAAACUGUGGCAGCCUAUAUAACUAUUAGGUAAUUCAAGAAACCAUGAAGAGAAACGUGAAAAUGGCAUAUUUUUCAACGUUGGCGGUCUCUGAAGUAUGUAAAAACGUGCAAGACGCCUGACGUUUUCCUUUCUCGUUGUAAACUGGAAUGCAUUCUUUGGGUUUUCAGCCCCACUUGACAAAUUUAGGGAGUUGUAAUGAUCGCGAUAAAGUUUUAACGAACGCGAAUGCGCUCAGUCUAUAAGGGUUGUUUUUGCUGCUGUCGCCGUAGACUCCUUGAUUUAGUGGCCCUUUCCGGGGUUUGAAGAGCUUCUUACGAAACGUUUUUUAGUGCAUCGCAUUUUCUCGAAUGAAUGUUCGUCUAUCGAAAAUUCCAUAAGUACUUAAAGUUCAUCGUCAGAGCACCUCCACCGAACCAUUUUCAAAUACAGUAGCACCUCGUUUAUGGACACCGUGUAAUACGGACACCUCAAUACAACGGACAGUUUCCUUUGUCCCUUACAAAGAAAUCUCAUUAUUACGAACCGUUUUCUUUGUGCUUUGCGAAUCCCGUACACUUUCUCUAUAUUCAACCCGCUUAACACGGACAUCGUUAAUGCGGACAAAAGAAACUUUUCUUGCUCAAUCAUCAGAUUCUCAUAGAAUGUCAACCUCACUCGUGCUGACACUUUAUUCGAGUGCGGUAACAAACCUUUCCUUUUUGAAGGUGAAAAAACAACACUGACUGAAAGCAUAGCGAUGUUCAAAUCGCCACAGUACAUCUGGACAGGAUGUAUUGUGCACAUCAGGGUUCUAUCUAGGAUUUAUCAAUUGAGGGAGAAGUCCUGAGUGGCUGAAGGCCACAAGGUUCCAAGGAGGUCCGGGGGUAUGCCCCCCAGAAAUCUUUUGAAAUGAAUAUGCGCUGAGAUGCAAUGUGGUGCAUUUUGCGACACAAUUUUGAGAAACGUUACAGUGUGCUCACUGAUCUCGUCGAGUCUGGAUGAUUUUUCCGAUAUAGUUCCUUGUAUACUGUAAUAGCUUUUGCCCCUCAAAUACCCUAGAAAGAACCCUGGACAUCAAUUUCAGACCAUUUUGAAAUCAGCUAUACAGAGAAUGGUUUAUGAUUGAGAGUAAUGUAAUGAGUGGCUUUUUAGUGUUCCAUAGAAUUUGAUGGCUUUAUGGAGGCUCGAGAGAUGUUUGAUUUGACGAUGCUUAAGUCCUGUUGAAUUUUGCUAAAUAAAUCAUCUGUAUAGAAAAC